AUGGGUGGUUUAUUAGGGUUGCGUGGGGGGGGAGGGAGGCGUAGGAUAGCAGCAGCAGCAGCAGCAGCAGCAGAUGCAGCAGCAGCAGCAGUUCCAGUUGGUGUAUCUGAAUUACAAGUUGCUGCUGAGGUAGAUGGAGGCAAGCAGUUUCCUCCUACAGCAUUGAGUGGUGCGAGUAUAGACUCAACACCAGCAGCAGCAGCAGCAGCAGGAGCAGCAGCAGCAGCAGCAGCAGGAGGAGAGAAGCGUGCAUCUUCAGCUCGUAUAUCUGGUGAUGCACCUCUUUCUAUGGCGGAUAAAAACGAAGAGAUACAGCUGCAACACGAUCCCGUUCCCGGGCUGCUGGGGUCACCUAGCAGCCAGAGAGGGAGCGGAGAGAAAUACGGAAAGCUGUUAUCUAAGGAGGAACCCAUAUCUUCUAGUAGUGUACACCGCGAGAAACAACACCACAAAACGGAUGACCUCGCUGCUGCUGAAAAAGGAAACGUGAAUAGAGAAAAAGAUACAGAAAGUGCUGCUGCUGCCGCUGCUGCUGCUGCUGCUGCUGCUCUAAGCAGCAACAGCAGAGCCCACGACGACGCAGCUGCUUCCAGCAGCAGCAAAGGUCGAGAAGAUGCUGCUGCUUUCAUCAGCAGCAGGAAAGCUGAUGAUGAUGAUGCUGCGGCUGCUGCUGCUGCUGCUGCUGCUGCUGUAAGCAGCAGCAGCAGACAUGAGACAGCUUUCCCGCCGCUGCUGGAGAAGACAAGUGGUGGUGAGGAGGAGAAGCAGCAGCAAGAAGCAGAACCAGCAGCAGUUGCAUUGAAUGCAGGAGAUGUACAGAAUGAAGGAAGCAAUGAAACAUAUGUUGGGGGGGUUAAGGCCGCAGUUGUUCGAGAGGCAAGCGAGCCGUCUUCUGUUGCUGUUAUUGAACCUGCAGAGAAGAGAACAGCAAGCGAAGCAAUCACUGAACAUUUGAAGCCUGAUGAGAUAAAGAAAGAAAAAGAAGAAAAAGAUCAAGUGAGAGGAGAAUUUCUAGAAAACAAAAAAAAUAUUCAAGAGGAAGAUGAAAGUGUUUUCGGAAUGAAGUUUCUGCAAAAGAAGGAACCGAUGCAGACGGAUUGGAACUACGGGUUGCAGUGGUGA